CGGCUUCCCUAGGUCAGCCUAGUGGUCUGGCUUCCCUGUCAACAUGAAGGCUUUCCUGAUUCUGGGGCUUCUCCUCCUUUCUGUCCUAGCCCAGGGCAAGGUAUAUGAAAGGUGUGAGUUGGCCAGAACUCUAAAAAGCCUGGGAAUGGAUGGCUACAGUGGAAUCAGACUGGCAAACUGGAUGUGUUUAGCCCAAUGGGAGAGUGGUUACAACACCCGAGCUAUGAACUACAACCCUGGAGACCAAAGUACUGACUAUGGGAUAUUUCAGAUCAAUAGCCGCUAUUGGUGUUAUGAUGGAAAAACCCCAGGAGCAGUUAAUGGCUGUGGUAUACCCUGCUUCGCUUUGUUGCAAGAUGACAUCUCUCGAGCUGUAGCUUGUGCAAAGAAGAUUGCCAGUAAACAAGGCAUUAGAGCAUGGGAGACAUGGAAACAUCGUUGUCUAAACCGUGACCUGAGUCCAUAUAUUCGGGGCUGUGAAGUGUAAACUGCAAAAUUUUCCUUCUUCAGCUCAUUUUGUCUCUUUGCCACAUUAAGGAACCGGUAGUUAAUUGAAAGGUCACACUCACAUUCUUCUCCCUUCAAACAAAUAGCAUUUUUGCAGAGGCAGAAUCAAAAUAUAGCCUUUCUCAUGAAAGCCAUAAUGUUCACCAAUGUAUAUAUUAUUUGAUAGUGACCCCCCCCCCUCAUUUUUAGCUUACUAGUAAAGGUAAUGCUGGUGAAAAUUUUCUGCAACCUUGAUUAUCAAAUACAUCACCAAUAUGGCUUUUCAUUAAUGAAAUAAUUUAGACUUAACCUUAAAUGAUAUCAGUAUUUCCCAAUAUUACAUAAAAAAUGUAACCAAAGGCUUUCUUAAAACCAGUUGAUUUUAGGCAAAAUCCAAGCUAUCUAGUCAUCCAACACCUUCCAUCCAUAUAGUCAUAUCCAAAAAUAGGAAAAAUAAACACUCUUGAGCAGCAUAAAUUUUUUUAAAGGAGUAGAGUGCUAGGCUGGGGAGAUAGCUCAGUUGGUAGAGUGCUUGCCUUGCAAGCACAAAGCCCUGGGUUCAAUCUCCAGCACCACACACACACACAAAAAAAAAAAGGAGUAGAGAGCCAAAGGGCUAAAGAUAGAUACUGAGUGAAUUAAGAGUUUUGUUUGCACAUUGUGUGACCUUUUAAGUACUAUCUUAGAAAUGUUGCACUUAUACAGCUUUUCAGCGACUCACAAUUUAUAUAUCAAUUUGUUUUAAAGAGCACUUAGGUGCAUCCUGCUGAUUGUGGAAACAUUAUGAAGGAUUAUAUGGGCUGUUGCUGUUCCCCAAUUUUAUUGCUUGCAUUACUAAUUAUGCAUACUGUAAAAAUACCAAUGUUAUCAUUAAACAGCUGCACUGCUUA